AGCUCCAGGGUCUCCAGUUUGAUCCUGAGUUUGAGUUACUGUGAAAUUCACAUGAUUUUUUUCUCGGUUUUCCUCUCACAUCCUCUCGAAAAACAUGUAUGUAGGUGGCUUAGUGAUGCUAAUUCACCCCUAGGUGUAAAUACCUGUGCGUGUUGUUCUGCGAUGAACUUCCAAUCCAGGUUAAUAAACAGGAUAAAGUGUUUGAGCAAUAUCGUGUAUCAUGGUCGCUGUUUUUUAUGUUUUAUCUUUCUGUUAAGUGAUAUAUACUGCACAGAAUAUCCUCAAAGUCUCCUUCAGGUAGUCCAUAGGGGACUACGUAUGAAAUCAUCAUGGCAGUUGUGUCUUUAUCAGUGGAUGUUUGGGGAGGUUCGCAUUUUGUUUGUUCCAAAACACCUCCAGACUUUUUGAACUCAUUAAGAAUUUUUCCAGCAGUGUCAUGCAUGACAUGCUUGCCAUAUUCCCCAUUAUAGUCUAUUGCAACCAAGCGACACUUUCCCAAUCCAGCUGUGAGAAUGAUUUCAAUCCUUUUUUUUUUGUCAACAAGGUUUAGCACUAAAAAGACAUUUUUGCUAAACAUAAAAAUAUUAUCGUAUGUAGGAAGACUUUUUCGACACCCUGUGGCUUUUUACCUGCAUGUAGCCUCGGGUUACUGUGCUUUUAUGCUUGCUUUUAACCCCAGGGUAGGAUGUUUCAAAUUUAGAAAUGACAUUUUUGUUCAGGGUGAUGAGAUCCAGUUCUGAAGAUGGGUUAGCAUCUCUUUUUUCAUUUUACCACCAACAUUCUGGUGCGCAUUGUGCGGUGUUCAAAUGUUAUGACCAUAUGAUUAGCAACAGACCUACAAUUAAGAAAAUUAACGACAUGUAUUUCAUAUAAUUUGCUUGGUACAGUCACAGAAACCAGCCGUAUUGUGGUUGAAAAAUUUAAGGGGGAAAAAAACAGUCGAAUGUUGAUAGAAAACAGAUCAAGAGGAGACAGUAUUAUUUUUUAGUUACAAUCAGAUCAGUCUGUGGUCAGCACAAACUGGUUGGCACAGUCAAAAAAAAGCGGGCACUCAAGGAACUUAUUUAGCGGUGGUUGGUGUCACCACAAACGUGCAGACAAAUCGGGAUGUUAAGCCAAAGCGCAGGAAUGUAGUGUGAAAGGUCAAAUUAUGAAUAACCGCGAUGUAUUGUUAUACCUCCGUAAAGCAAAAGCAGGGUGAAGCGAGGUAACCUGGGGUUCUAUUUAUAUUUACAGCAUUUGGCAGACACUCUAAUUCAGAGCGACUUGUGGUUAUCUCAUUCAUACAAGUUGAGCAGUUGAGGCUUAAGAGCCUUGCACAAGGGCCAAACAAAUGUCAGCUGGUUGGUGCUGGGAUUAGAACUCAUGACCUUCUAGGGACUCGUUCAGAUAUGAUGUGAAAAAGUGAAUGAAUAUGACGUGAUUUAUUUAAAAAAAAUAAUAAAAUUCGUUUUCGUCCACAUUCUUGUUCAGCUCUAGUUUUGUUGUUAUAUUAAGCUUAGGGCAUGUCAACUGUUUAAUCCGCCUUACGCACUUUACGUAGCUCGUCUAUUACAUGUAUACUCCGGUAAUGAAUGGGUGUGCGCAAAAGCUCCGCCUCUUCCGGUGGUCACACGGUCCAAUGAGAGCGCACCAUGCAGCGCGAUGGGACGUAACGUAAAGCCGCCGUCGUGUCGGGAUUGGAAUGUAAGAGAGUAACAAUCGGAACAAGUGAGCAAAUGGUGAUUAUGAACACGGGACUGAGCAGCUCGGGUUUUCACGGCAUAUUUCCCGAGAAACAGAGAAAACAGGCAGCGAUACAAGGCGCAAAGUGUUUUGAUUUAUUUAUUGUAUUUCCCUCUGCCUCCGUGCUGGAGAUCUCAUGAAAGGAUUUACUUCUUGCGCCUGAUUGUCUGAAGAAAAGGAGAGGAAUGAGUAGAAUGAGAGAAUCGUGCGCUCAGAAUGAAGUGACCUCCGGUUUUCCCAGUAUGUGAAGGAAUUAAUAAGUGAUCGGAGCGCUAAACUGGGAUCAUCCAGGUGGGAAAAUAAUUAUCUUCUACUGUGUGAGUGGACUUUACCAUUAUCACCAUUAUCAUCCUGAUCAUCAUCUUCUGGGAUUAAAGGUAACCGAGUGCGCUGCGAGCCUCUGAUGGAAGUUCAGAGAUAGCGACUUGAGGUCCGUGUAAAUCUGGUGUGGGUUUUUUUUGGAUGGUAGAAGUAAAACCGCUCAGCAGGUUUGUUUACAGCCCACUCCGAUAUGUGGCGCGCUGAAAUGCUCCUUCUGCUCAGCUGUGGGAGAGUGCGGGAAUAGCCGGUAAAGUCGCCCACAUGCGCUGGAUCAGCGGCUCGGCACGGGAUCGGUAUCCGAAGCAGAGGGAAGCUCAGGCGGCUCGGGAAUCCUGGGAGGCUGGAAGAUGGCGGAGCGGCGUGGCAGUAGCUGCAGGCGGUGAGAGCCGCCAAACUUCGAGAUUUGUUCGCAGACGUUCGCAGGGCCCCGGCUCUCAGGACCCAUGCAGGCCAAAAAGCGCUACCUGGUUUCGCUGCUCACCGGCGCCUUCCUGCUCCUGCUCUUCUACUUCGCGGGAGUCCCGGUGUCCCCGGGUGGAAAGAGCCGGCAUGAGCGCAGCAGCCGCCACGACCACCGCCGCUCCGAGCAGCCGUGGCCGCACUUCUCCGACCCUUUAAACUCGUUCAGCCCGCGGGACCAAAGCGACACGGAUGAGUACAACAUCCACACGUCUCCCCGGCAGAAGCGGGACGUGCACGCCAGCGUGUAUAAAGGAAAACGCUGCCGCAUGGACUCGUGCUUCGACUUCUCGCUGUGUCGCCGGAACGGCUUCAAGGUCUACGUGUACCCGCAGCAGAAAGGCGAGAAGAUCUCCGAGAGCUACCAGAACAUUUUGGCUACGAUCGAGACGUCCCGAUUUUACACGUCCGACCCCGCGCAGGCGUGUGUCUUCGUGCUCAGCUUGGACACUUUGGACCGGGACCAGCUCUCCCCGCAUUAUGUGCACAACCUCCGAGCCAAGGUUCAGAGUUUGCCGCUGUGGAACGACGGCAGGAACCACCUGAUCUUCAACUUGUAUUCGGGCACCUGGCCAGACUACACGGAGGACCUGGGGUUUGACAUUGGCCAGGCCAUGUUAGCCAAGGCCAGCAUCAGCACUGAGACCUUUCGGCCACGUUUUGACGUGUCCAUCCCGCUUUUCCCCAAGGAGCACCCAAAAACUGGUGGUGAGAGGGGCUUCCUCAAAUACAACACUAUCCCACCUUUUCGGAAGUACAUGCUUGUGUUCAAGGGCAAGCGAUAUCUCACUGGGAUUGGCUCAGACACCCGGAACGCUUUGUAUCAUGUUCAUAAUGCAGAAGAUGUGGUUCUUCUGACCACAUGUAAACACGGAAAAGACUGGCAGAAGCACAAGGAUGCCCGGUGUGAUCGGGACAACGCAGAGUAUGACAAAUACGACUACCGUGAAAUGCUUCACAACUCCACCUUCUGUCUGGUGCCACGAGGACGACGAUUGGGCUCCUUUCGCUUCCUGGAAGCGCUGCAGGCAGCCUGUGUGCCCGUCAUGCUAAGUAAUGGUUGGGAGCUUCCCUUCUCUGAGGUCAUCAACUGGAACGCGGGCGCUGUGAUCGGAGACGAGAGGCUCCUGCUGCAGAUCCCCUCCACAGUGCGCUCCAUCCAUCAGGAUAAGAUCUUGGCUCUGAGGCAGCAGACUCAGUUCCUGUGGGAGGCCUACUUCUCAUCAGUGGAGAAGAUUGUACUUACCACCCUAGAAAUCAUUCAGGACCGGGUUCUCCAGCACACAGCACGCAGUAGUGUGAUGUGGAACGCUCACCCAGGAGGUCUCUUUACCCUGCCCCACUAUUCCUCCUAUCUAGGGGACUUCCCCUUCUUCUAUGCCGGCCUAGGAAUUAAAACAACCCCCAAGUUCACUGCAGUCAUCCAUGCUGUCACCCCACUAGUGUCCCAGUCUCAGCCCAUUCUCAAGCUCCUGAUGGCCGUGGCCAAGUCUCAGUACUGUGCUCAGAUUAUUGUAUUGUGGAAUUGCGACAAGCCUUUACCUGCCAAGCAUCGAUGGCCUGCCACCUCCGUGCCAGUCAUAGUCAUCGAAGGAGAGAACAAAGUGAUGAGCAGUCGCUUUCUACCUUAUGAAAGCAUCCUCACUGAUGCUGUGCUGAGUCUGGAUGAGGACACGGUGCUCUCGACCACAGAGGUGGAUUUUGCCUUCACCGUGUGGCAAAGUUUCCCAGAGAGGAUUGUGGGAUACCCUGCACGCAGUCAUUUCUGGGACAGUAAUAAGGAGCGCUGGGGCUACACAUCCAAAUGGACCAAUGAUUACUCCAUGGUUCUGACCGGAGCCGCCAUUUACCACAGGUAUUACCACUACCUAUACAUCCACUACCUGCCCAGCAGCCUAAAGAACAUGGUGGACCAGCUGGCUAACUGUGAGGACAUCCUGAUGAACUUCUUGGUGUCGGCCGUCACAAAGCUGCCACCUAUCAAAGUGACCCAGAAGAAGCAGUACAAAGAGACCAUGAUGGGGCAGUCAUCCCGGGCGUCUCGCUGGGCAGAUCCAGACCACUUCGCUCAGCGCCAGACCUGCAUGAACAAAUUCGCCAGCUGGUUUGGCUCUAUGCCUUUGGUCCAUUCGCAAAUGAGACUGGAUCCGGUACUGUUUAAAGACCAGGUCUCCAUCCUCCGGAAGAAAUACAGGGAAAUCGAGCGCCUCUGACCAGACGAGCGCCCCCUACUGAGCGUGCAGCAGGGGGCACUGGGAUACUCGGUGGAGAGCAGGAGGACCGAUGCACAGGAGUCUGCUGGUGUUUCUCCUCCACUUUAUUCCACUUAGUGACCUGUUAGUGACUAGUCUGGCAGAAUGUGAGCACUCUCUGGGCUCUUUCAUACUUACACACCCAGAGCACACUUUAGACCACAAGACUAUUUGAAAGAAUGUUUUUGUUUAAUUUUUUUUAAAUGAAUGCUGUAACAGACAGACGAUUCUUGCCAGCACAUGAGAGAAUAUGAGAGAAGGCAGGAGGGAUGCAUCAAUGUGUCUUUCACACACAUCUACAUCGAGGUUCAUCAGGACCUGCUCCACAAUUCAUCCUCGACUCCCAGUUUCAGGAACAUUUUCCAUACGUCCGUCUCGUCUUCACAUCAUACAUUUGAAGACCCGGAGAAUCGAUUGUGUGGACACUACAUAUCUUAUCACAGUUUCUAAUCGUCUUAUUCGACUCUCCUGAUCAUUGGCGUACUAUAAACUAGCAGUAAACAAAUUAUACAGGAAGAAAUCACAUGAUCAGAAUUCACUGUUUUAACAAGAAUUCUUUUCAUUGCCAGUAAAAGGAAGUUUACAAGGAAGCUCAUUUAUCAUAAGGUUUAUUUUCUUUUCCUCUGUAUUCCUUUAGUGCCAAGAUUGCUUAUUGCCUUUUGCUGCAAUUAAAGACUUCUAUGCAUUGGA